CUGUUUAAAUUUAAAUUCUAUUUUAUGAGUUAUAUAUAUCAUAUGUUCAGUUUGAUAUACUGAUUUUGAAUUUAAAUUAAUUUGAAAACAUUUUUAAAGAAUAAAUGUUUGAAUGUUUUUAAAGAAUAAAACUGAAAAACUGGAGAAACAGACAAAAGUCAGAUCAAGGAAAUGCUAAGAAAAUGAAUGAAAAAGAAAUUUCAAUUAAUGAAAAUAAAAAGUAUGAUUGCAGUCAUAGUUCUAUAAAUAUUAUUGAAGAUGAUAAUGGAAAAAACAAAAUAAAUGAAGUUAUUUUGAAAUCAUCAGUUAAUGAAUCUUCAAACAGCAUUUCACAAGCUUUGAAUAAAUUUAAAGAAUUUGAUUCAAGUAGACAAAAAUCUGAAUGUAAUGGAAUAAGAAUUCAAAAACACGGUGAAAUUCAAAAUAUCCAAUGUUUAUCUUCUUGGAGUUUACCACAGACUGUUGUACAAAAGUAUGAAGAAUUUGGUGUAAGAGAAAUGUUUAAAUGGCAAGCUGAAUGUUUAUUAACUGGAGAAGUAUUGAAUGGAGGAAAUUUAGUUUAUUCUGCUCCAACAAGUGCUGGGAAAACUAUUGUUGCAGAAAUCUUGAUGCUAAAGAAAGUAUUAGAAUUUAAAAGGAAAGCUAUUAUGGUUUUACCUUUUGUUGCUGUUGCUAGAGAAAAAAUGUUCUAUUUUCAGAAGUUAUUUUUUGAAGUUGGAAUUAGAGUUGAUGGAUAUAUGGGAUGUCAUUCCCCUGCUGGAGGUUUUGAUACUGUAGAUAUUGCUAUUUGUACAAUUGAAAAAGCAAAUGGACUUAUCAAUAGACUUUUGGAAGAAAAUAGACUUCAGCAAAUAGGUAUUUUAGUUGUAGAUGAACUGCAUAUGCUGGGUGAUUCGCACAGAGGUUAUUUAUUGGAAUUACUGUUAACUAAAAUUUUAUAUAUAAGUAAAAAGCAUCAUCUUAAUAAUAAAAUACAAAUUAUUGGGAUGAGUGCUACACUUCCUAAUUUAGAAAUUUUAGCACACUGGUUGGAAGCAGAUCUUUAUACUACUGACUUCAGACCUGUUCCUCUGCAUGAAUUAAUUAAAAUAGGUUCAACAAUAUACGAUUGUUCAACUCUCAAAGAGAUUCGUUGUUUAAAUUCUCUGCCAAUUUCUUUUCAAAAUGAUGCUGAUCAUACAAUAUAUCUGUCAAUAGAAACUGUUGUGAAUGGUCAUUCUGUUUUAAUAUUUUGCCCCUCUAAAAUUUGGUGUGAGAAGCUUGCAGAAAAUAUAGCAAAGGAAAUCUUCAGAUUAGGAAACUUUCAAACUAGGAUUGAAAAUGACUCUGAAGAAUCAACAUUGAUGGGCAUUCGUUUAAGAGAGCAGUUAAACAGUAAUGAUUUAUCUGAUGUUUUAGAACAAUUACAAAGAUGUCCAGCAGGUUUGGAUAAUACAUUGUUAAACACAAUUAAAUUUGGAGUUGCAUUUCAUCAUGCAGGACUUACAUUUGAUGAAAGGGAUAUAAUUGAAGGAGCUUUUAAACAAGGUUUUAUUAGAGUACUUGUUGCUACUUCCACUUUAUCUUCAGGUGUCAAUCUUCCAGCUAGACGUGUUAUUAUUAGAUCACCCAUGUUUUGUGGUUCAGUUAUUGAUGUUCUCACCUACAAACAAAUGGCUGGAAGAGCAGGAAGAAAAGGCAAAGAUACAGAAGGUGAAAGUUUGUUAAUUUGUAAGGAGACUGAGAGUUUUCAAGCAAACAUGUUAAUUAAAUCAAGUAUUCCACCUAUACAAUCUUGUCUUGUAGGAUUUGGUGAUUUCAUUCUAAGUAAUAGUGUGAAACGAGCAAUUUUAGAGAUAAUUGCUAGUGGUAUAGCAUCAACACCUGAAGAAGUUGAAUUGUACAGUUCUUGUACAUUAGCAGCUGUUUCUCAAACUGAAAAUAAAAUGCAAAAUGUUAUUGAUCACUCUUUAAAAUAUCUAGUUGAAAAUGAAUUCAUUCAUUUACAAAAUUCUGAAGAAGAUGAAACAAAAAAGGUAUACAAACCUACAAAAUUAGGACAAGCAGUGUUAGCAUCUUCCAUGUCACCAGAUGAAAGUCUACGUGUUUUAAAAGAGUUGCAACAAGCUAGAAAAUGUUUUGUGUUAGAAAAUGAACUCCAUUUAUUAUACCAAGUGACACCACCAUUUCUCAGUGAUCAAGUCCAUAUUAAAGAUUGGUUACAUUAUCUGAAUUUGUGGGAACAUUUAUCUGAAGACAUGAAAAAAGUUGGUGAACUAGUUGGAGUUGAAGAACGAUUUAUUGCAAUAGCAGUGACGGGACAAUAUUUUAAUAAAUCAUCUUAUCAAGCUCAGAAAUUAGCUAUUCAUCAGCGUUUUUAUGUUGCAUUAGCAUUAAAUGAUUUAAUUAAUGAAAUACCUAUUGCCACUGUUGCAAAUAAAUAUGAUUUUCCACGUGGAAUGCUACAGUCUUUUCAACAAAAUGCUUCAACAUUUGCAGGUAUGGUUACAAUUUUUUGCAAUCGCUUGGGAUGGACAAACAUGGAAUUACUUAUUAAACAAUUCCAAAAGCGACUUCAUUUUGGUAUUCAGCAUGAAUUGUGUGAUCUCGUUCGAUUAAAUUCAUUAAAUGCUAACAGAGCACGUGCUUUUUUUGAUUCUGGUUUUGAAUCUGUGUCAUCACUUGCUACUGCAAAUGUUAAUGAAAUUGAGAUGAUUUUAAAAAAUUCAGUUCCUUUUCAAAGUGCUAAACCAGAAGAAUCUGAAACAGAAUAUGAAUUAAAAAAGAGACAUCAAGCUCAUGUUAUAUGGAUCACAGGUCAAAAGGGAGUGACAGAGAAAGAAGCUGCAAAAAUGAUUAUUGAAGAAGCAAGACAAGUUGUUCAGCUAGAUUUAGGGAUUGAAAUUAAAGAUUGGAAUGAUCCAAAUAGCAAAUUUAUUCAUUCAGAUUCAAUUGCAAAUAGAAAUGAAAAGUUAAAAUUAUUGAAUGACAAUAUAGAAAUUUCCAUUAAUAGAGGAAAAAAUAUAUCGUCAUUCAAUAAUAUAAGUAGUGAUGAUCUAAAGGAAACUCAAUCCAAUAAUAAUAAUUUAAUAACACACAAAGAUAAAAAUAACAUAAAUUCACAUGCUGAGAAGUCCAUAUGUAAUUAUGAUACAAAACACAACAAAACAGAUAUGGCAGUGCAAGAAAAUGAAGAUGCAAAAGAACAAAUUCAAAUUAAUAAUAAUGUUNUCCACCUCAUAUGA